AUGUCCGUCUUGGCUAACGGUAGUCCUACGAAAGAGUUUGGUGUGGAGAAAGGAUUGAGGCAAGGUGAUCCUUUAUCCCCUUUUCUUUUUGUUAUUGCAUCUGUGGGGUUGGCAGGUUUAGUGCGAAAGUAUAAGGAGAAUGGUGAGUUUAGAGGUGUUGGAAUUAAUGGUAGUAAUACCGUUGACAUUCUUCAAUUUGCGGAUGAUACAUUAUUAGUGGGUGAAGGUUCGUGGAGGCAAGUGUGGGCGUUUAAAAUAUUCUUCCUGGUUACCUCUCUUGUCGAAGAUGAAGAAGCGUUUAGAGAGUUGGAAGAAUCGAUGCCGGUUAAGGUGGCCAAAGAAUUUACUAGGAUGCAAAGUAACUUUCUUUGGGGCGGGAGGGUGGAGGAUAGUAAAAGAAUGAUUCAUUGGAGAUGGAGAAUUCUCAAAGGAUCCAACUCGAUUUGGUUCAACUUGUUGAAAGCCCGAUAUGGUGAUUUAUGCAUGAAAAGCUUUUGUGGAGGUAUGUUUCCUUUUAACUCUAUCUCUUCUUCUUCAUCUUUUACUUCUUCUUCUCUUUGGUGGAAAGACUUGAUUUCGGAAGCGAGGUGGAAGGAUGAUAUUUCUUUUAAAGAUAAGUUUCCGGAUUUAUAUGCGACUUCCUUUUUGAAAAAAGUGUCGAUAGGGGUUAUGGGAGGGUGGGAGAAUGGUGUGUGGAAAUGGGGUUGUUGUGGUAUUAUUCCGAAUUAUAUUUAUAGUUUGGCAAUGGGCGACACGAGCGAUGACAUUUUGUGGAACAUAUCGAAGGAUGAGUCAUUUUCUGUUUCUUCGUGUUAUGAGCAUUAUGCUGGUAGGCGUAACCUGUUUGGUCCUUUGAACAAAAAUGAUGGAGCUUUAGUUUUGAUUUGGAAGUUGAAAGUUCCUUCAAAAAUUAAAGCUUUUGGAUGGAGACUUUUUGUGAAUAGACUUCCGACUAAGGAUUUACUUGUUAAUAGGCGGAUAGCAUUGUCGUUGGAAAAUACUAAGUGUGUUUUUUGUGGGAUUGAUCCGGAAAGUAGGGGCCAUUCAUUCUUUGAUUGUAAAAUGGUGGAGGUGGUUUGGAAGGAGAUAGCCAUUUAG